UGCUGAAGGACCACCAGGAUGCGCUGCAAUUUCACAAGAGACAUUUUUAAAAGCUUUGGCAAGUUUCGAGAGUGAAUUUCAGUGAGAUUCAUGGUCACCCACAUUAAUGGAUUCAACAACUGCUUGGAUAUUUAUAUCGUGUCCUUAAGAUACUAUUCCAAGUAUAUAGGCAAAAAAAACCCUGCAGCUAAUAGUGGGAAGUAGGGGCAAUGACUGAAGCAAUAUUAGAGAUGUAAAGUUUGGAAGGAAUAGCAAAAAGCUGGAAGAGAGGAGUACAGGGAGCGUUUUAGGCUAAAGGACUUUGUCACAAAGGAUGUACAGCACAUCAAAGACAACUGUGGAACCUGGUGAAAUGAAGAAGUUUCAGGCGUUGUCACAAAAUUGGUGGGAUAGAAAUGGAGAAUUUGCAGCUCUACAUGCUUUAAAUGACCUCCGUGUUCCUUUUAUCCGUGACACAUUGUUGACAAAUAGUGAAAAACAGCAGUUAGGAUGUCCUCUUCAUGGUUUACGAAUAUUAGAUAUUGGCUGUGGAGGAGGGCUACUAAGUGAGCCGCUUGGUAGGCUUGGAGCAAUGGUUACUGGAAUUGAUCCUUUGAACGAUAACAUCAGAACAGCGGAGAUGCACAAAUCAUUUGAUCCAGUCCUGCAAGAACAAGUGCAGUACGCUGCCUGCUCUCUGGAGGAAAUGGCAGAUGAAGCAACUGGCAUGUUUGAUGCUGUUGUAGCCUCUGAGGUUGUGGAGCAUGUUGGUGAUGUGGAAAUGUUUAUCAAAUAUGCUGCACAAGUGUUAAAGCCUGGAGGAUCACUGUUCAUAACAACAAUUAACAAAACGUUCCUGUCCUACAUACUGGCAAUUGUCACAGCUGAGAAGAUAUUAAGAAUUGUACCAAAUGGGACACAUGAAUGGGAAAGGUUCAUCAACCCUGAUGAUUUGGAGAAACUUCUAGUGUCCAGUGGGUUCACAGUAGAGACUAUCAAUGGAAUGCUGUAUAAUCCCCUAUUUGAUUCCUGGAGUUGGAUUAAUAAUGCUGGUGUAAAUUAUGCACUACAUGCGGUAAAAAAUAAAAUUGAAGAGCAAUCGGAUUUCAUGUCAGAAACAGGUGAUAGGAAAGACAAUGACACCUAUCAAUCAGAAUUCAGUGUUGGCUCCACAGUCAAAUUGUAGGAAAAUGAGCUAUUUAAUCUAGCACUCCCACAAAAAUGCUGCUUUACUAAUUUAAACUGACUGACCAGACUGAUUAUGCUUGAUGGAUAUCUACUUCAUCAAGGAUGGGCAAUCUUUUGAAGCUGGAGAGCAAAAUUGUAACCAAGCAACAAACCACCAUUUUUAAAUACAGUGUAUUGAUGUGCUGACUGUAAUUAAAGUAUACUGUGCAACCAAUUUUUGAAAUCUA